CUAGCACAUGCAGGGACGUAGAGGUCAAUAACUUUAAAGUUUAAGUCCUGCUUCUCUUUGCCACGUCCCUCACUGCUGGUGAAAUGCAGCAUUGCAUUUCCCAAGUCUGAUUAACAGCUGCUGAUGGCUGGGACUGAUUCAAAAAAUCGUUGUUCACUUGAAGCGAUUGGCACAAGAGAGCAAGCCGCCGCCAGUUGUUAGUUCACCGGAAGACCAUAUUUCUGUGGCAGACAUCAGGAACUACGACGUCCUACGCUGAUCAUGUGCUGAGCUGCCAUGCACAGCGUGACGCACUCGUAUGCACAGAAAGGGCUUACCGUGGAAGGCCUCAACAACUUCGGCUCCUCUCCACAUCAGCGAUCCCUUGCUGAGGACUCUUCUUACUCUACUCAAUCCGAUUAGGUUCACACCGGUGCUGCUAGCUUUAAUCAAGGAUUGCGAGGUUUCUGAGCAGGAAGUAAAACUUUUUCUCUUACAACUUCUCUUUCCAGCGACAAACCCGCCACCACCUAUCCAGCUCAGCUCCUUGCUUUAGAUUCAGGGCAGUCAGUGAACUGCGGCCCCCUGCCAUGCUGCUCAAUAGAUCUCAAACUCCAAUAGCAACACUGGGGGGGCACUUGCACACUUAGAAUGCCUGUUCAUCUGCCCCCCCCAGCGCUUCACAGCCAGUUGGCGGCUGGAGGGGGGGGGCAGCCUGCUUGGGCUGGCACUCUUGCAAUCCUGGGAGUGGUGGCACUCCCCUUUCUUCAGAGCGCAGCCAAGCCGGCGCUGCGGAGGGUCUUUAAACCGACCAAGUGCAAGCUCUGCUAUGGAACGGGGACCACUCUAUGUACCACAUGCAAAGGUCGUGGGAAAGAAGGUGGUCUAAUAAGCGGCGAGAGCCUGCGGCAGUGCACAGCGUGCUUCGGCAAGGGAAAGCAACUCUGCAGCAAGUGCAGAGGCGCCGGUAUUGACAACCGGUGGCUUUAUGCGGGACGACGAGUCAGUGAACCCAAGCUCUGACGCCUGCCAGCCGGCCUACCACCUUGGCUCCGCUUGCGUCAUGCCAAAACCUCUCUGCCGUUUCUGGCUGGUUCUCCCCUGCUCGCAUACGUGUUGCUUACGUUGUCAACAGGUAUCAGCUCGCGUGUUGCUUUGUCUAGUUUCAUCUUGGCACCUCGACAGAGAAUUGGUGGUUCGCAGACGCAAUUGCGUCCUGCAUGAAAGAGCCCCCGUUUGCAGACCAGCGUUGAUCUUUUCGUCACUAUUGGAACACUGUCGAAAAGUCCGCAGAGUUCUACAGUAGUUCCUGACGCUGGUUAAAUGUAGCUUCCGUAUCUAAAAGGUAUAGGUGAGAGCUGCAACUGCAUUGUUAUGAUCAACUUCAAGAUGGACUGCGUCCAUAUUGAUGGAGCUCGAGACAGGUUGGAUUUGCGUACGGUACUG